AUGGGUUUAAUAGCAUCUGUUGAUUCUUCAUUUUUUCCUUCACCAUCCAUUACUGAUUUAUUUUCUCAUAUAUUUCUUACUUUAUUUGUUACUGGAUUAUGGGUUUAUAUUUAUCGACAUCGAUCUUUUACAUUUCUUGCUUUAGCCAUGUUCUUUCCAAGUCUAUUUGCAAUAAGUAUUCAUAUUUAUCAUGGUUCAUUUAUCCGUUUUAUUUCAUUUCUAUUAUUUAAUCCACAAUGGUCGACCAUCUAUUGGUCCAUUGUCGGUAGUUUAAUUUCUAUUUUUACAAUCGUUAUUUGUUGUUUAAUAAAUUAUUUAAUCGGUUGGGGUCAAUUCUGUUCAAAAAAAGAGAAAUCUCUAUCGGUACAUCAACAUAAUCGUUAUUUGAUAUGUGGUUGGAUACGAGCUCUGGGAGAAGAAAUAGGAUGGCGGUCUUAUCUCUUACCUGGUUUAUUGAUUCAUUUUCAUCCAAUAGUAGCAUUGAAUAUAAGUGGAAUUGUAUGGGGUUUAUAUCAUGUACCUGUUAUGAUUUUAUUAUGUUAUCAUUCACAAUCGAAAGUUCAAUAUCCUAUUCGUACAAUUAUUGUUCAAUGUAUGAGUUGUUGGAUUUCAGCAUUUUUCUAUGGAUGGAUUGCAAUUCAAUGUCAAUAUUCGAUGAUACCACCUACAAUGAUUCAUUUCAUUUGGAAUCAAAUUAAUCCUCGACUAUUAGGAUCAAUUUAUACAAAUACACCAGGAUGGAUGAUUGGUGAACAAUGGAAAAUUAAUGGAGAAGGUUUUAUGGGAUGUUUUGUUUAUUUUAUUGUAGCAAUUAUCAUUAUUAUACAAUUUUGGUAA